UCUCUCUGUGUUACAUACAUGACGGCCGAAGAAGAUGAGACCGUUUUAAUAGAGCGGCUUGGUAAAUCACGACGCAUCGAAGCGGAAGGCGCGAUUGUCCAGUCUCUCUCUUUUUUCUCAGGGCGAUCUGGUCACCCGGUCACCCGGUCAGCGAGCCGUCACUGUCGCGACCGAACCAGAGCACGAAUCAUCACUUUAAUGACAGUAGAAGCACUUCUUGGGUGUUCAUCAGAGCAGCUGGUGCAGGAAAGCACGCAAGCGGUGCAUUCAGAUGAGGGUUUAAGCGGGUGACACCUUUCGAUUACAAGUGGUAUGUAUUGCGAAGCGCUGCUCACUCACUGUGAAUGACGAAGAUGCUGGAAAUCUCAUCGAUGUAGCCACGUGCGGAUGAGGGGGCUGAUCGCGACUGGGACACGUGAGCUGUGUUCAACUUGGCUGAACGUGAUUCGGAACCACCUGCCAGCGUUCUCGGGAUGCGCGCGAAGGACCCUGAUCAGUCCUGCGUUUCCCAGCCCCGGUCUCCGUCUAUUUUCAGCAGGAUGCUCGGGACAGGACCGGGCCGAAGAAGAGGGUGUCGAAGACACAGAAGUGCUUAAACCUGCGUCCGACGCCACAGCUCGCUUAACCGCCCACCCCGAUGUCAACGAGCGAUCGCGGUACCGCAAUAGUCACUGGCGCCGGUACGCAUCUCCUCCGUCCCGCUCUCCCCCAGCAGCCCGUCUCUGAUACAUGCAUCUGCGAUGGCCCCGCAGCCCAGGGUAUCGGACGCGAGAUCGCGCUGCGCCUGGCCCGCGACGGAUUCGCCGUGGCCGUGAACGACGUCCCUGCGAAGGCGGACAAGCUCGCGCGCGUCGUCGAGGAGAUCCGGGCGACCGGCCGCCCGGCGUCCGCGUACGCGGCGGAUGUGUCGGCGGACGCAGAGGUGAAGGCAAUGGUCGAGCAGGUCGUGCAGGAAUACGGGGGACUCGAUGUGAUGGUGGCGAACGCGGGCAUCUGUAAAGCGAUCCUGUUCUCUCAAGUAACUGUCGAGGAGUGGGACACGAUCAUGGCAGUCAAUGCGCGAGGCGCAUUUCUGUGCUACAAGUACGCAGGGCUACAGAUGGUCCAGCAGGGACGGGGCGGACGAAUCAUAGGCGCUUGUUCGGUCGCCGGCAAGAGAGCCGGUUCUAGCUUAAUGGGGCCUUACUCAGCGUCCAAGUUCGCCAUACGCGGGCUGACGCAGGCUGCUGCUCUAGAAUUUGGGGCUCACGGGAUCACCGUUAAUACCUACGCCCCAGGAGCUGUUGACACGGAGAUGAUGGCUGCCGUCAACGCGUCCAGUGCGCAGGUUAUGGGGACCAGCUAUUCGGAGAGAGUGAAGAAUAGUGGAGCAUUGGCUCAAUAUGGGUAUCUGACUUCCAUCCUCCCUGUUCCAAACAAAGCGCGCUCACGGGUUCUGCGCAGAGUUCCGAAAGACAUUGCAGAUCUUGUGUCGUUUCUUGCCUCGAAAGAGUCGGGCUUCAUCACAGGCCAGAGCAUUUCCAUCAACGGAGGCGUCUUCUUCGAUUGAACAACAGCAACUUCUACGGUUAUGAAAUCGCAAUCUAUAUACAUAAGUACUUACGGGUACAUUUAUACAACAUAUGUGUGACUUCGUCUGAUCAGAUUUCGACGACGGAGUGGUGUCACAUGCUCUCGACGAAAGCUCGCGCCUCCACAACCGCACCGCACAGGCCCCCCGCGAGGACGGGGAAGUCGGCAGCAGACGCGAUGAGCUUGAAGCCCUGGGCGAUGCGGCCCUUGAUCAUCUCCUCGCCCAGCGCCAGACCCAGCAUCGGGAUGUCGUGUUUCUUGGCCAUGGCGGACGCGUGCUCCAUGAUCUUGACCCAUUCGGGCUCUGUGGCCAUCGGGAGCGCAGGCGAGAGGCCGAGCUCCAUGCGCAUGUCAGCGACUGGGUUCGCAGAUGAUUAACACCAAGACAGUAUCGAUCUGGCUGCUGCGCCCCACGCACCUCCGACCAUGAAGCAGGGGACCUGCUCCAUGCUAGCGAUCGCGUCCAGGUUCUCGAAACCAAGACGCGUCUCGAUCUGCGGGAUGAUGGCCACAUGCUUAUUCGCGAGCGUGAAGAUCGAGUCGCCUGCCGGCGUGGUGUCUGUGACGCCGGGGAUCUGCACACCCGCGAUAUGAUCAUCAGCCAGGGUUGGAUAGGGAUAGCGGAUAGCGCGUGUGCGCGCUGCAGGGAAGUAGCACUUACGAAGGAGAAGGGGGGGAACGAUCUGUGUCCCACAGGCCUGCGGAGGGGUGCAUCGAUAUGGAGACUCUCUAUGCCCCGUGUACCACGGACGGGGUUCAAUGAUGCACUCACGGGAACCGACAUGCGUCCACCGCAGCCUGCAUCUCCUCCACCGUCUCGAGGUGGGGCAGGAUGACUCCGCCCGCGCCGGCGUCCAGGCACCAUGCCUGCACAGUCCGGAACCGAAGUUCAGUCAUGAUGGGAGCGAUGAUGAGCGCGUGGGCCGCACCAUGUAAUCAAAAGCCUUCUUGUUCGGUACACGGACGAUGGGCACCAUGCUGCCCCCGCUUUCCUGGUUGAUGAUCUGGAUGCACUCUAUGAGUAGGGUGGGCGACCACGCGACGUGCUCGGUGUCCUGCCAGCGCGUCAAUCAUCCGGUCCAAAACAGCACACAGAGCGUCGGCCUCACAAUCCAGCACCAGUCCGCGCCGCAUGCGGCGACGGUCUUGGCGAUGUGCACGCUCGGAUAGCUCAGGACGGAGCCCACGGCGAUCUUGCCGCUCUUGAGGAUCCCCGUGAGGUUCGCAGGCUGCUGCAGCGUCGGGGCCCUGAACUGAGCUCGCUCGGUCGUGGAGAGAAGUGCUGCUGCGCUCAUGGCUGGGAUCAGGUAUAGGCACGAAGCACCCACUCAAUACAUGCGCU